UUUUUUUUUUUUUUUUUUUUGAUAUAAAUACUAUUAUUUAAUUAUUAUUAUUAUUUAAUUUGUUCCUUUCUGUUUGGAAAGCGGGGGCAGGUGGCGAGGAGGGGGGUGUCCCCGCCCGCCGUGCAGUCGGGAUGCGUCCCGGACGCCGGGCGGCUGCGGCGCAGCGGCGCUGAGCUGAGCUGAGCUGAGCUGAGCUGAGCUCACCAUGGACAGCUUCGACUUAGCUCUGCUCCAGGAGUGGGACCUGGACUCGCUGUGUGUCUACGAGCCGGAUAGAAACGUGCUGCGCAGGAAAGAAUGGGAAAGGAGAAAUCAGGAGGCCCAGCAGGAGGAUGGCACAUUUAACACCAGUUACUCCCUCUUCAGUGAACCGUAUAAGACUAACAAGGGGGACGAGCUCUCUAAUCGCAUCCAGAAUACACUGGGCAACUAUGAUGAAAUGAAAGAUCUGCUAACUGACCGAUCAAACCAGAGCCACCUUGUUGGGGUUCCAAAACCUGGGGUUCCUCAGACACCUCUCCCCAAACCCGAUGAACUUCUUAUCGCCGACUCAAGACCGCCACCUCCUCCUUCCAUUUCCAACACUUCUUCCGCACCAGCAGCCCUACCUGCGCAGCAGAGCAAAAGUACCACAAUGGGUUGGCAGAAGGCUGGGCACAAUGCUGCUUCAGAAGGUCAGCAGAGAGCCAGCAAGCAUGGACACCGCUCACUGGAGUCCCAUAAGGGUGACUUCAAACUGGCAAACCAAAAAUCAAGUCUGGAGAAACUGAAACGCUAUGCAUCUAGUCCCACCUCCUCCUCCUCCAAUGCUGCCCAGCAAAGCUCACUGAGAGCCACACUAGGUGACAGUGUCAGCAGAGUGCAGCAGCCAGCAAAGUUAAAUUGUGGCUCAGAAGGAGGAGCUCAAGUGCAAGAGAGACCCUCAAAGCACAGCAGUGGGCACUGUGUCCAGAACUUCCCACCAUCUCUUGCUUCGAAGCCCAGCCUGGUUCAGCAGAAACCAACGGCUUAUGUAAGGCCAAUGGACGGUCAAGACCAGGCCCCUGAUGAGUCUCCAAAGCUGAAGUUAUUGACUGAGACGACCAAGUUGUACAGGGGAGUGCCUUCUAACAAACCUGAUUCGGCCAGGACCAAGUCAAAGAUAACGAAGUUCAACAUUCCUAAGCAAGAAGAGGACAGUGGAACAGGAGAUAACAGCUGCAUUGAAGAAAUAUUGCGGGAGAUGACUCAUUCAUGGCCUCCACCACUGUCAGCUAUUCACACACCAGGGAAGGCAGAGCAAAGCAAGUUUCCCUUUCCAAACAAGGAGUCACAACAGGGAUCUACAGGACACAGCAAUACAAGAAAAAGUGAUGUAGAGCCAAAGAGUCCAGAGAAAGGCACAACUCAUACAUCAAUGCUAGAAGAUGAUCUGAAGUUAAGCAGCGAUGAAGAGGAGAAUGACCAGCAGGCAGCACAGAGAUCUGCUCUCCGCGUUCUGUCUGACAGCAGCCUGGUGGGGCCGCAGUCCAGCACCCGAGCCCCAGGACUCUCUAGCAAGGGAUCCAGCAGCAGCAGCUCCAGUGAGUCCGAGAGCAGCUCGGAGUCUGACUCAGAGAGCGAGAGCAGCUCCAGCGAGAGUGACGGCAGCAAGCCCUCGCAUUACUCCAGCCCAGAGCCUGAGCCACCCUCAUCUAACAAGUGGCAGCUGGACAAGUGGCUGAAUAAAGUCACCCCACACAAAGCACCCAUCCUGACCCCCCAUGACGGUUCGGCCCUUGAAGCCCACCCCUACUACGGCCACGUGAAGGCGGAGCGGCAGGAGGACGAGAAGACCCCGGCCCCAGACCCAACUGAGCACCGCGGAGGGGAGAGCCGCACCGCCGCCGCCUCCACCGCCGCCACCGUCGGGGACGGGCCGCGGCCCAGGACCGCCAACAAAGCACCGGGCAGCAAGGGAGGACGCCAGAAGUCACCCCCCGCCGCUGACGGCGGGCCGCCCAGGAGGGCAGCGGGGAAGAAGGCACCGCGGCGGGCCGAGAGGACCGCCGCCGGAGACGGCGCCCACUGCCGUGGGGCAGAGGAGCCCGCAGGGAGCCACGGCUUUCUGGAAAGCGCCGGCAGCGAGGCGCCCAGGGCCCGGCCCGGUGCGAGCGUCGGCGGUGCGGGCUGCAGAGCGGGGCAUCGCCGGGAGCCCCGCUCGGCCGCGGUCGGUGAGAAGCGGCGGGCCCGGGGGCCGAGCAAAACGGCGCCCAAAUCCAAGGAGUUCAUAGAGACCGAGUCCUCGUCCUCGUCGUCCUCCUCCGAGUCGGGCUCCGAUUCGGAGCGGGAGGAGCGCCCGCUGCCCAAGGCGCAGGCGGCGGCCGGGGCCGAGCCGCAUGCCAAGGACUUGGGGACGGGAGCCGCCAGCAAAGCCCACGGCGGCUGCAGUGCCUUUGGCUCCAUUAAUGCCAGGACUAAUAGUGAAAUAGCAAAGGAGCUGGAGGAACAGUUUUACACCCUGGUUCCUUUCGGUAGGAAUGAGCUCCUGUCUCCUCUGAAAGACAGUGAUGAGGUAAAGUCGCUGUGGGUCAACAUUGACUUGGCUCUUUUGUCCAGGAUUCCAGAGCGUUUGCCUGAAGAGCCGCUGGCAAUGAGCGCCGGAACAAACCAGGCAGCCAGCAUCCCGCAGGGUAGUAGUGCUGAGCUCCCUGCAGAGAAGGGCUUACCGAAAUCUAGAAGGAAACGCAAGUGUGAGAAUGAGGAAGAGUACAGAGACAUCAAGAAGACUCAUUUAGAGCGAGAGAAUUCUUCACGAUUAGCUGCCUCUGCCCACAGCAUCGCAACAGCAAAUCACUGCAAUGUAAAUGAAAAUAGUUUGGCACUACCAAUAAAUAAAAAUGAGAAAGUGCUUCGGUCACCCGUCUCUCCCCUCUCUGAUGCAUCAAAACACAAAUACUCCAACGAUGAUUUAACUUCCUCCAGCAGACCUAAUGGCAGCAGUCUAUUACCUUCCAUCUCCUCCAGCAAAAAGCAUAAGGGUGAAAUCCAGUCACAGCCAAAUCUCGGAGACUUCAAUAAAGCAGUUCACACCAAUUCAGAAAAUGUUCUUCUCUGCAAUAAGCCACAGACCCAAACAGAGCCUUGGUCACCUCUGUCCAGUGCACCCAGGGACUGCAGAAGGACAAAACUUAUCUUUGAUGAUAUGCCACGCAAUGCAGAUUACUUUAUGCAGGAAGCUAAACGGAAGAAACAUAAAGCAGAUGCGAUGGUGGAAAAGUUUGGAAAGGCACUGAAUUAUGCAGAAGCAGCACUAUCGUUUAUUGAGUGUGGAAAUGCAAUGGAACAAGGCCCAAUGGAAUCUAAAUCCCCCUAUACAAUGUAUUCAGAAACAGUUGAACUCAUCAGGUACGCAGUGAGACUAAAAACCCACUCAGGCCCCAAUGCCACGCCAGAAGACAAGCAGUUGGCAGCACUAUGUUACCGCUGCCUGGCCCUUCUGUACUGGAGGAUGUUCCGACUCAAGAGAGACCAUGCUGUCAAGUAUUCUAAAGCGCUUAUUGAGUAUUUCAAGAAUUCAUCAAAAGCCGCCCAGAACCCAUCUUCUUGGGGUAACAGUGGAAAGAGCACAGGAACUCCAUCGCCCAUGUCCCCUAGCCCUUCUCCAGUCAGUUCUGUCGGAUCCCAGGGGAGCACAGGGCCCCCUUCCUCAUCUCCUAUAAUCAGCAUCCCCCAGCGCAUCCAUCAGAUGGCCGCCAACCACGUCAGCAUCACCAACAGCAUCCUGCACAGCUAUGACUACUGGGAGAUGGCUGACAACCUGGCCAAGGAAAAUAGAGAAUUUUUUAACGACUUGGAUGCAUUGAUGGGACCUAUCACCUUGCACAGCAGUAUGGAGCAUUUAGUUCAGUACACCCAACAAGGACUUCACUGGGUGCGGAAUAGCACUCACUUGUCAUAAUGACUGUGUGCCAUUCAUUUGGACUAUAUAACCUUUCAUGGAUAAUUCAGUUAUUCUGGACACUGUGCUACAGAAAUAGUCAACCACAGCAUUGAUCCAAGCAAAGGUGAAUAUUUCUUCAAUGUUGAGAAGAUGUUUUCUGAGAGUAGAUAUGUAUCUGUGCAUAUGUACAAUAUACAAUGAUUUCUCUUCAGAAUAAAUUGUUCUGUACCACUC